GACCCUCUGGAGGACCGCUCCAUCUUUUCUGGGGGUCUGUUCCAGUACCUGGAGGAAAACAAGAGAUGGAGGAACCGCUUUGUCUUCGUGGCCGACACCUACAACAUCAGCUUCUAUGAAAACAAAGUGGUGAGGUGGUCGGAAAACUGAAACAUCUAUUUUUUUGUUGCUAGAUUUGUUUUUACUUUCAUAAUCAGACAGAUUUAGAUGCCAGCUAGUCUGAAUUGUUUGGGUCACAACUUUAUCUGUGAUUUUAUGGUUCUGAACUGUUUGUACAUUUUUCACCCUCUUUCCUUGAAACUGCACCCUCACUCUGUACUCUCUGAUAGGCUCACGAGAGGGGCUUGCGCCCUAAAGGAACCAUAAACUGUGCUGGAUACAAAGCUCUGACCUCCAUGGAGGAGUAUCUUGAACUGAUCAACACCAGCCUGCCAGGUGAGAGAUAUGAUUUGGUUACACCUGACUAGCUGAUCUGUGUAUACUAAACAGCUGAUCAUGAGUCACUGUUGGAUUUUGGUAUAACCAGCACUUUCCCCAAUGUGAGAUCAAGUACUAAAGUACUCAGUGACUAGCUAGGCCAUAUUCAUUAGGGCACACUGUAACAAAACAUUUAGCAAUGAGUGUUUUCCUAUUGGACAAAUUCUGGAAUUCCUUUCCUGAUUCAAUAUAUUUUCUUUGGUUUGGUGCCCUGAUGAGGAGGCUAUGAACACCUAUAAACGUGAAUGUUUGUUUGUGUUUUAGGUAUAAAGGCCAAGGUGGACAGUGGUCCGUUUGUGAAGUGUGCCACCCAGUUCCCUCUGAUCCUGUGGCAUCCAUACGCCCGCCACCACUACUUCUGUGUGCUGACAGAGAAGGAGCAGAAGAAGUGGCACGCUGUGCUUCAGGACUGUGUCAGACACAGCAACAAUGGUGAGGAGCUGUCUGAACACCACACACUGUCAUAA